AUGUUGGGCAAUGCAAUCCGAAGACGGGCCCUGCCCUCCCUGGCGGCGUGUUCGCGUCCAGUGCCCCUCAUUGCCCGUACGACGACCGCUCCUGGGGCCCGAUUCCUCAGUGACAAGCCCGGCUUGGAAUCCACAGACAUCAGGGACAUUGCGGAUGCCAAGAAGACCAACCCACCGCAACCAAAGAUAUCCAACGCCAGCGUCAACGGGGAGAAACUCACAGAAGAGCAACAACGCGAGGUGGAUGAACACAACAGGGACUUUGAGAAGAAGCAUGACACAGCACCAACUGCCGAGGACGAUAAAGUCGACAAGAAGUUCUGGUCGAAUAGAGAUGGCAGCAAAUAA